UUUUGACGUCCUUUUAGCUGUCAAGUUCCCAUUUUUUCACAAAACCCUAAUCCUUUUAGUAAUAAAAACCCUUGCUGUUCCAUGUUUAUAUUUCUCUAGGGCGUAGCAGUGGAGGCCAAGCAAGGACGCCGCAGCUAAGUUUUCAGAAGACCGGGAUUCAGAAUGAGUGCAGAGGAGGUAAAGAUUGUACCUGAGUCGGUUCUCAAGAAGAGGAAAAGAAAUGAAGAAUGGGAGAAGAACAAGAAGCAGCAGUUGGAAGCUGCAAAAGUAAAAAAUGCUAAAAACCGUAAACUGAUCUUUAAGAAGGCUGAGCAAUAUACAAAGGAGUACACGGAACAGGAGCGGGAGGUUAUCACAUUGAAGAGAGAGGCAAAAAUGAGAGGAGGCUUUUAUGUUGAGCCAGAAGCUAAGCUAUUGUUCAUUAUUCGAAUCCGUGGUAUCAAUGAUAUGCAUCCAAAGACCAGAACGAUUACGCGACUUCUGCGUCUUAGGCAGAUCUUCAAUGGUGUCUUUCUAAAAGUGAACAAAGCAACAAUGAACAUGUUGCAUCGGGUUGAGCCAUAUGUGACCUUUGGAUAUCCAAAUCUAAAAAGCAUAAGAGAGCUGAUUUACAAGAGAGGUUACGGAAAGGUAGAUAAGCAGCGAAUUCCUUUGACUGACAAUUCUGUCAUUGAAAAGGUUUUAGGUCAAUAUGGCAUAAUCUGUAUUGAAGAUCUUAUACAUGAGAUUGUUACUGUUGGCCCCAACUUCACAAAAGCAAACAACUUUUUAUGGCCAUUCAAGCUCAGCGCUCCAUCUGGUGGACUGAAGAAGAAACGUAACCACUACAUUGAAGGAGGUGAUGCUGGGAAUCGUGAACAGAAGAUCAAUGAGCUGAUCAGGAGAAUGAAUUAGCUGUGUUAAUUAUUUUGUUUUUAAGUCCGAAUUAGUAAUCUUGCUGGUAGCUGCUUGAUUUGUUUCUGGUUAAAACGCUUGAAAUCUUGCAGCAUGAGAGACAAUUUUGCCUUGCAUUUUUUAGAAAGUAAGUUAAUUGUUCCAUCUUUUGCACAAACAUGGAUAAGCUUUUAAAUCAGCACAUAGCAUUUUAUA